UAUUGCGCAUGCGUUAAAGCCGUUUAAGAGAGGAGAAAAUGGGUUGAAUUUGGAAAUCGAAGAUCAUGAAUUAUUAGUUUUUAUAAAGUUGUACAGUUAAAAUGAUGACUGCCAUGCAUAUGCUUCAUAUAUUAAGAAGCUGUUUGUGUGGCUUAGAAUUCACCAUAUAUGGUGAUCAAUAGUUGACUUUUGGCAUACUGUGAAGCCCAGUGUAUGUCUGUGCAAGUGAUAGACAGAGAGAAGAUGCCAGCACAAGCCCCCCAGUGGACUGAGUUUCUGUCAUGUCAGGUGUGUUACAAUGUCUUCAAUGAGACUGACCGCAGGCCGGUCAGCCUGGCAUGUGGACACACAGUCUGUAGAACUUGCCUGCUGAAUCUUCCUCAGAAGAAGUGUCCGUUUGACCAGUGUGUCAUCACGCGGGACGUCAAUGAACUGCCAGUGAACUAUGCCCUGCUCCAGUUAGUAGGCGCUGCGAUUCCAGUGGACAGUGAGCAGUCAGCUCCUUCCAUCCCUAUACCAGAGAAGAUGAAGCAUUACGAAUCAGCAAAGCGCUGUAUAGAAGAAAUUGCAUUGUACCUUAAACCCCUCUCUGAAGGUUGUUCCACAGCAGCAGCUACAAGCUCAGUAACUAACAGCAUUUUAAGUCGUCCCAUGCAGAGAAAGGUUGUCUCUCUUGUUAGUUGUCAGUUAGUGGAGGAGGAGGGCAGAGCUCGUGCUGCUCGAGCAGCCCGAUCACUCGGUGAGCGGACGGUCACAGAACUCAUUCUUCAACAUCAAAAUGCACAACAGUUGUCAUCAAACUUGUGGGCUGCAGUGCGUUCUCGUGGCUGUCAGUUCCUCGGCCCUGCUAUGCAGGAAGAGGUUCUAAAGCUCAUCUUGCUGGCUCUGGAGGAUGGUUCUCUGCUGUCCAGGAAGGUGCUGGUUCUCUUUGUGGUCCAGCGGUUAGAAUCUCAGUACCCUCAAGCCUCCAAGACAGCUAUAGGACACGUAGUACAGCUCUUGUAUAGGGCAUCUUGUUUUAAGGUGACAAAACGAGAUGAAGAAUCGUCUUUGAUGCAGCUCAAGGAAGAGUUCCGUUCCUACGAGGCUUUGAGACGAGAACACGAUUCCCAGAUCAUUCAGAUAGCGAUGGAGUCCGGUCUGAGAAUUGCACCUGAUCAAUGGUCAUCGUUACUGUAUGGAGACACAAACCACAAAUCACACAUGCAGUCUAUUAUUGAUAAGCUUCAGACCCCCCAGUCCUUUACCCAGAGCACAAAUGAACUGGUUGUGGCCUUACAGAGGAGUGGAGACCCUUGUAAUCUACAGAGACUCCGCCCACAUUUAGAAUUCUUGGCCAGCAUUGACCCCAGCCCAGAUGCUCCAACUCCAUCAUGGGAGAAUCUGGAAGCUGUGAUGAAAGCAGUAAAGACAGUGGUGAAGGGAUUGGUGGACUUCAUUCAGAGCAACGGGUCAAAGAAGGUGGACAACACAGCUUAUGUUAAUGUCCGCUAUAAGACAAGCAUGUGCCGUGAUUUGUCUGAAAAGGGGCGAUGUCCCAGAGGAACAAACUGUACAUUUGCUCACUCACAGGAGGAACUUGAAAAGUUUAGAGCCAGGAACAAAAGAUCUGGUAAAAAUGCCUGUCCAUCCAGCGACAUUUCAACUUUGACCCCAAAACAGAAAGUCCAGCUUGACCAAAUCACAAAAACAUCAUUGGAGAAGCAGAGGCAAAUGAGCAGUAGUUGUGAUUCAGUCAUCAAGGACCAAAGUUUUGUGCCAGCUGGACCUCAGGACCUGAUCCAAGGAAUGAAUUCUCUCUCUGUGGUAGAUCAUGUCAAGGCAGGAGACCCUAAUGCCAUUUCCCCUCUUCACCUUCACCAGCCACAUGUCAACUUUCAGAAUCUUGCCACACAGCCUGUUCCGCCCAAUGUAGGGUCAAUGGUACCAGCACAGUUCCAAAUGUACCCCAACCACCAGUACAACCCGGGCAUGCUACAGGCAGGGAUGUACUCCAACAACCCACAAGUGCCUGUUGGUAACCGAGGGAUGAUGAUGAACGUGCAGGGAGUGGGGUACUCUGACAUGUAUCAUCAGGUGGAAGUCAACAGAGGUAUACAACACCCCUCCAUCCCUUCGCCUUAUCCCAUGAUGCAACGGCCUCAGUUUCCGGGUGUUCAAUAUCAACAGUUUGUACCAGGCUACUUCCCACCGGGCUAUGUGCCAUACACCCAGAAUCCUGGCGGAGUGCAGUCAUACAUGGACACUCACAGUGGCCCGCCGCCACAGGGUCCAUCCACUAUGGGCAUGUACUCAAAUGAGCCAUCAAUGAUGUCAGCAUCUGCACUCUCUGUCCAGGAUGUGGGCUCCAGAAAUGAGUCCAAACUCCUUCACAAUCUGCACAGCAGAAGGAAAGAGAUUUUGGCUAAAAUUCAGAGUAUCCCAACUGGCUUUGAAGGGAGCGUGAGCAACCCCUUGCUGAAGGGGUGUACAUCCUCGCCCCCCUCCGUGAGGGAAAUCAUCAAAGACCCAUACAAAGCAUCCAGCGACAAGGUUGUAGUGUCCACUAAGUCCACAUUGACCAAAGCGGUUAGCGACACACUGAACACCAAUCAGAUCACCUUACUGACCGACGCCCCCCACAAAUCUAAUUGGAGUCAGGAUUAUAUUCCCUGGUCCAGUGGUGAAAACACCCUGUCUGUGUGGACCUCAUCGACAGACACCAAAGCUUCCUCCUCUGACGUCCUGACAGACGGUGGAGACAUCUGGAAUGAAAGUAGUUCUGACAGUACGGAGUUCAUGUUGAACUGGUUGAAGGACAUUCCAGAUGAUCCGGUGCCGGUGGAAAAAAAGGAAGACUCGAAAUGGUGGCUGACAGAGCCAUCCGAGAUGGCCAUGGAGAACCCUGCUAUGGUGGUAGAUCUAAGGAGUAGUAUUUCUGUUUGUUCGGACAAGACAGAUGAGGAGAUUCCAUUUGAUCCUCCAAUUGUCUCCAAGUUUGGACCAAUUUCCAGGUCCUCCAAAACAAAAUUCAAGUCAACUGACCCAGUCCAGGCCACUGCCAACCAGGGUUUGUCUACGGUGACCCCAGUAACGGCCAUCACUCCCGUUCGGCGACCUCAGACAACUGCCUUUCCACAGGAAACUAAGGUCAAGAAAACGAAUGAAGUCAACCUGCCUGGAUACAAUCUCCAGGACAUUUCUACUGAGUGUUACGACAAGUCUGAGAUGGGGCUGCAGGAUUAUGUCAGAAAGGAGCUGUUUCGUCUGGAGAGGCAGGCACAGAAUGCCUACAGUGAGGGAGAGGCACUCAAUUGUGAACUGAAGGCAGUAGAACUCCAGAUCUCACUGGAGGAUGGAUCCAUGUUUGAGGCUCUGCCUACUAAACCAGAGAAGAUGAUCUUUGCAUGGGAGCUGGAGUCUAAGCUGGAGAGACCCCCGGGGUCGUGGAGCAGUUUUGAGAUGCUGGCUGCUGCCACCACCAAAGGAAUGAACUUGGGUGAUAUACACAUGGCUUUGGAUGCACAGAAAAAGGCGACACAGACUUUGCGCAGCAAGCAACAAGAAGAUUAGGAAAAGAGUGGGUUCAGAACGUUGUAGAUGCUGAGAAUGGAUCAUCCUUGUUUACCAGGAUUUCAGUUUACAUUUACCCUCUACCAAACCUCUGGAUCAGCCUUACCAAUCUUUUAGAUUGAUAGGUGCAGCAGAUAUUAAAGAAGCCAAUCUGUUGAACUGUUUGUAAAAACAUUCUUAACAUAGAGCAAUGUUGUCUACAUUGGUAACAGCAAACUAACUGAAAAUGAAAGCAAUGCCAAGACAUGUUCAAUUUGUAAGUAUCAGUAUUCUCGUCAGAAGAAAAGCCACCGAAGACCAAAAAAAAAACGGUAUCCCCUGAAGCCUCUCUGUUGUUGUAGGCCUUAUUACAUAAAUCUUCAAAAUGCUCCGUUAUCCGUCACAUUUUUAUGUAACUAUACGUGUAAUAGACCAUGACAUCAUAGAUACAUGCACCUUGUUGUUUACUGCUAACUUUAUGUGUAAAAAUAAACCCAAGUUUGAUUAGUCCGUACUCUUGAGCAAUGAAUAUCACUUAUUGGCUAAUUUUAUCACAGAAAUUUUCUUGAUAUCUUAAAUAUUGGUUGGGUUGAUUACCCAGGGGUUCGGCCAAAAGUAAACAUAGAGCAAUACUCUGGUAUGUGAGAAUGUCCUGAAACAAGCAACAAGAAGAUAUGGAGAAAACUGGCUCUAGAAAUAUUUUUUGAAGCUAUGGACAGAAGGAAGACUUGGGAGUGUGAUUAUUUUCGGGUUUUUUAUUCUGUUUUGUGUGUAAUUGUACCAUGUGUAUUAACAUAUAACCACUUUUUCACAGUGUGGCUGUUGGUUGCUUUUUUUCUCUACGAUGUAGGGUGAAGGAAAUACUAUGUAUCUUCUGAUUUUGAAUUAAUUACAAAGUUUAUGAAUAUGUGUCUACUGUGUGGACGUAAUGGUGUCAAGUUUCAGAUGGAUUGGAAUAAUUUUUUCUCAUUGUUAUUGAGCAUAUUUGUAUCAAACAUGUUCCAUUUGAAAUAUAGCAUACUUCUCUCUCAGGGUGUUUUUCAUUAACAUCAUAUUGCUGACAGCGUCACUGGCAAACUCUACAACGAUUACAUACAUCACUAUAAUCAAUCUUCCACAACAUGCUGGCCAAUACCAGUUAGGCCAGCUGUACUAGUUUUGCCAGGUUAAUGGAAAGCACCCUAUUUCCUAGUUUUUAGAAACUGAGGAAAACGAUACGUCCUGGUUUAAGUCAGAGAAACCCCUUACUGACCCUUGUGUUACCAUUUUUGUCACUGACUAGAGGGCAGAAAGCUGAUGGGGCAUUUAAAUAGGUGGACCUGAGGGGGGUGGAGAAAGGAAUUCACUGUCACUGGUGUACACAUGACAAUAUAUGUAAAUCUUCAGGUAAACUGAAAACCAUUAUUGACUAUUAUAUAUUAUAUAUAUGCACAACUUCAUUUGCUUCUCUUUUACUUGUAAGUCAAUACUACCCUAUGGAAAUGUAUCUAGUUGUUUUUUGUUUGUUUUGUAUGUGUCACCUGCAAAGCACUUAUCUGUCAUUUGUCUGUCACACGCUAAGAACUUUACAGCUGUAAGAGAUACAAUAAUGUAAAACGUAAAUAUUUGCCAUGUGCAUUUCUUGUGUUAGGUGAUUCUGUGGUUAAUUGUCUGUCUGUGUGUCUGUCUGUCCUAACCAUAAAUUUGUAACAAAGAAAUAUUAAGUGCCCAUACUUCACACAAAUUGCUUGUGACAUUGGGAAUGUCAUGAUCCAAUGUCAUUAGUUUAAUGUCGUCAUUGCCAGGGAGAUAAAACAGAGAAACAGAAGAUACCCAUACUUCACACAGAGACUGCUCAUCAUUUAACAGUGUCUCCUGGCUAUAACCAAGGUCAGUUUUCUUAGUUGAAGGUGGCUGGAGUGACUAUUUGGGUUUUAUUUUGUGACAAAAACAUUAGAUGCCCUCAUUUGGCACUAAGGUGGAGUAGGAUUUAAAGGAUAUGUAAAGACCCCAACCCAAUCAAAUCUGUUCCAGUUAUGAUGAGAAUCUAUGGGGUGGAACCCACGGAUUCUCUAUGGGGUGGAGCCCACGGGGUAUGCAAGGACAAGCCUAUUUAGCAUGUGUAUUCUUUGUGUGUAGAUCAUAUAUAUGUACAAUGAUGCCAUUGCAGGUGGCACAUCUCCUUUGAGACGCUUUAGGGUUUGUUUUUGUUUUUUUAGAGUGUGUGGGUGAGUUUUUUGUAUUUGAAGUUUGCUUACAAAUCGUACCAAUAUUAAAACAUGGUUAUUAACAGUGUACUUCGACAUAACCUUUUCACUUUUGCUAAGUAUUAUGUAAAUCCAAAAUACGAGCAAUCAUCUCACUUAUUUUCAAAAUCAUUAAUUUUGCGUAAGAGGAAAUGUAUAUAAUGAAUUUUUUUUUUUUUAAUUGUUGAUUUGACAUAUCCUUAUUUUACUUCAGGAAUAACACUCUAGGUUUGUAUUGUUUAUUUUUUAUAGGGAGGAAGGGUGGUGUUGAUAAGUUUUAAGAAGAUUAUUGUAUGACACAUAUAUUUGGAUGUCAAUAGAUUCUACACCUAGUGGUGGGUUGGUUUCUGUUUAUUGAAUAGUAACUGUUCUAUUUUACAAAUUAAAAAAUUCUAUGAAUUUUUUCAAUGACAGCUAUAUAAUCUCACCCAUUUCUUUGGGAUGGGACUGCUCUCCAUGAAAUGGAUCCAUUGGGUGGAGGACUGCAGGAGUUGUGUGUUUCAGAAGCUAUUAUUGGCACACCCACUGUGAAAGAUGAAAAUUUGUCUGUUGUAUGUUAUCUGUCUAAAAACAACUUUUCACUUUUUGACUUCCACUGAUCAGCUUUAACCAAACUUAACACAAAGUAUCCUUGGGGGUUCUAGUCUCUUUAGAUUACAUAUUGUGCCUUGUCCAAGGGGAGAUCAUUGAGGACUAAGAUAAGGUGUUUAAAAUUAUUCUUCUCAAGAACCAAAAUUUGCUUGGAAGCAUCCUGAUAUAUUGAAGCUUAAGUUUUAUUUCAAACCAAGAAGAUCUUGUGUAGGGGGUGUAAAGUUUUACACAGGAAUUUAGAAGAAGAAAAAUCAAAUUCUUUUAAGAAGUACAAGGCUGUAUAUCACGUGAUAUAGGUUCGCUAUUCUCAUUUUUGUUUGAUAUUCAAGUUUAUUUAAAGCAGUACCCUUGAGGAUAACGGGAGUUCAAAUUUUUACAUAGGCAAAUGAGGCUACACAGGUGAGCGAUGUGGUCCGUGGGCCUCAUAUUUAGCAUAGCUGUUGUAAACGGUUUACAUUCAGACCAUAAGAUGAAAUGUAUUAGUUUUCUAGAAUUUAUAGGAAAAACUAGGUUUUGUUUUGUCUUUUUACAGUUUUGUACCACAGGAAAUGUUAACAGAAUGUUAAAAUGCACAAAUUCAAUUUUCUCUCUGAUUAUUUUUAAAGUCUCUGAAAAUUUUGACAAUUGUUUUAUACAUCUUUUUUAUUUUUAAGAUACUUGAAUAAGAAAGUACCCAAUUUUGAUGAAUUAGAUAUCGGUAAGGUUUCAGUAAUUCAUGGUUUUAAGUUUUAUUAUGAAUAUGAAUAAUCUGAAUAAUUAAAAAGUCCAGGCCUGGAGGUUAUAAAACUUCUACUGUACUCAAACUCAGCCAUGUUUGUUUUGAGUACAACUCUGAGCAAGCUCUCAACAUACUCGAAAAAUCUUGAGCAUUUACUCCAUUUGAGUAUGAGAAUAAUUUUAUAAAAGUUUUAUGACAUGCACUUUUGAGAUUGAGCAUGAUUUAGAGCAUGGAGUUUGAGCUUGAGUUUGAAAAUGUGCUCAAAAAAGUUUUAUAACAUCCAGGCCAGGUUUUACUGUCACUUUUAUCUAAUUCACAUUACUUAGAUUGUAUGAUAUGUUUGUAUUGGUUUUAUUGUAUAUAAAAUAAUUGAUAACAUGAAAUGCUUUGUAGAUGUAUUUGAGUGAUGAAUAAAUAUUUUAACGAACAAAA